CCUCACUCUAUUUUCUCUACUCAAAAACUGUGAUCUCCAUUAAAGCCCAAGAACCCACAAGUCUACAAGUCACAACACACACACGCACCCACCAUAGACAAGACCUGCUUCAACUAUAUACAAGAUUAGGAACCAUGGCGAUGGCUUUUAAGAUGGCGAUCACGGGGAUGUGGGUAACGGAGGAGUGCACGAACUUGUUCAUGGACAUGAAAAGGAAGAAGGUGCACCGCUACAUAGUGUUCAAGAUUGACGAGGGGUCCAAGCUUGUCACCGUCGACAAGGUCGGUGGCCCUGCCGAAAGCUACGAUGACCUCGCCGCUUCCCUCCCUGAUGAUGACUGCCGCUACGCCGUUUUUGACUUCGACUUUGUCACCGUCGAUAACUGCCGGAAGAGCAAGAUCUUCUUCAUUGCAUGGGCUCCACCAGCAUCGAGGAUAAGAGCGAAGAUGCUACACGCAACCUCCAAAGAUGGGCUGAGGAGAGUGCUUGAGGGUGUCCACUACGAAGUACAGGCCACUGACCCCACCGAGAUGGGUAUCGAAGUCAUCAGAGACCGUGCCAAAUAGAGGGACCCACUCCACUGCUAAUUUCUAUCCAUAUAAUGUUGCCUAUUCUCACUUUCUUUUUAGAGAGAUUAAGGUUCUUGCUUACUGGCCAUCUCUCCCCCGCCCCCACCCUAACCCUAACACUCUUCUUUUCUUCCCCCUCUCUUGGUCUUUGAUCACUUCCUUCACUCCAAGAUCUAAUGUAAUUUGAUCCACUGAUUUGUAAUAAUAAUAAUAAUAAGUCUUGUUUAUCA